GCGGUAUCGCGUAACGUUAACUGGUUGCUAGCUUUUUAUACAGGAAUUAAAAAAUCAUUGCAAUAAAAUUUCAUUAAAUCAAAUAAAAAGCAAUUACGAUCAAAAUGCUAUCGAAUGACGGUGAACGCAAUGAGAAGGAGGUGGAGAUAAUAGAGACGAUGGAGAAGUUCGGCAGAUAUCAGAUGCUGCAGUACUUCUUGAUAUGUCUGCCAGCGGUCAUCGUCACCAUGCUCAAUGUCAACUACGUCUUCGUCGCUGGGGAGAUCAACUACAGAUGUCGUAUACCAGAAUGUGAUGGUCAGUAUCCGGUGUACAACACGACGUGGUGGCCCAACACGCACACUGACAGGUGCACGAGGCCGCUGCUCAAGCAGCCGCCAGCCGGAGUGUGCACCAAUAACAGUUUCUCUGACGAAGUCGCGGUCUGCACAGAAUGGGUCUACGAAAGUAAUGACACAGUUAUUGCUGGGCUCGAUCUCGGUUGCCAGCCAUGGAAGUCGAAUCUAAUCGGCACAAUUCAUAACAUCGGCAUGUCGCUCGCUAUGUUGGCAUCUGGAUGGAUGGCUGAUAGAUUCGGUCGUUUACCGACGUUAGUAGUGUGCUCAUUGGGUAGCUGUAUUGGAUUGUUAAAAGUCUUCGCUACAACGUACUACGUCUAUGUGAUAAUAGAAUUGUUAGAAGCGACUAUUUCUGGCGGGGGGUACACAGCUGCUAUGGUAUUAAUGAUAGAAAUAGGCGGUAAAAAGAACAGAGUUUUAGCUGGCGUGAUAUUCGCUUACGCUAUAUAUGUUGGCGAAACACUUUUCGCUCUUAUUGCAAUGUACGUGCCUUAUUGGAAGAACUUGGUCUUGAUCAUUUAUAGUCCUGCAAUAUUAUCCAUAUUUCUAUUUUUGGUAAUCAAAGAAAGUCCUAGAUGGCAAUUGAUUAACAACAAAACGGAAAAUGCCAAAAAUACACUACUGCUUGUGGCUAAAGUGAACAAAGUUAAUAUUGACAAUGAAAAAUUACUUAAUAUGACUGAAGAGAAUCUUAAGAAAGAAUUUAAUAUCGAUAGUUAUGAAGAAAAAGAAGGUUUUACAGCUAUAUUUAAAUCCAGAGAGAUGGUAAAACGAGCAUUGGUGGCGGCGUUUUGUAAAUUCACAUCUGGCUUUGUGUAUUACGGAUUGAUGGUGAAUUCUGUCUUCUUACCUGGCAAUAAAUACACUAACUUUAUGCUCGCGUCAGUGAUGUCAUAUCCGGGGGAGUUGAUGUCGUUAUAUUUGAUGAAUAAGAUAGGUAGAAAAUUUCCUUUGAUUUAUGGUUAUUUAUUAUGUGGACUGCUCUGCGCUGCAACUGGAUGGAUACCUGAAGAUUAUACUUGGCUGAAAAUAACAGUGUUUUUGUUGGGUAAGCUGUUAGUGUCGGUGUGUUUCACCGGAGUGAUCACGUACACAAUGGAGCUGUUCCCCACCAGCGUGAGAGGCACCUUGCUUGGAGUGUGCUCCGUCAGUGCUGCCGUGGGCAGUAUGUUGGCACCACUGACUCCUAUACUAAAUUCGGUGUCCGUGGUUCUUCCACCUAUGAUCUUUGGGAUAACCGCUGUUGUCUCUGGUAUCCUUUUAACCAGGACGCCUGAGACUAAAGACGCUCCUCUAAUGGACACUAUUGAUCAAGUGGAACAGGCUCGUUUUAAAGCUACACAAGAAGCAAGCGUACAAGGAGAAGAUAAUCUUGGAUUUAAU